CGGGAUUGCUGCCGGCGGCGGGUUCUCGCAGCACCGAGGGGCUCCCGUGCUGCCUCUGAGCGCGGGAAGCAGCGCCGAGUUCACGCGCCAAAGCCAAGGCACCAGGGACCAGAAUGUCCUCAGCCCCUGGUGGUUGCCGCUCGGGCCUGGACCCCAGGUACUACAUGCUCUGUGAUAAGAAGGCAGCCUGGGGCAUCGUCUUAGAAGCGUUGGCCGCGGUGGGGGCUGUGACCUCGGUGGCUUUCGUGAUCGCCCUCCUGGUCCUCAUCUGCAAGGUGCAGGACUCCAACAGGCGCAAAAUGCUCCCCACCCAGUUCCUCUUUCUGCUGGGCGUGCUGGGGAUUUUUGGCCUCACGUUCGCCUUCAUCAUCAAACUUGACGGCGGCACGGGGCCCACACGCUUCUUCCUCUUCGGCAUCCUCUUUGCCCUCUGCUUCUCCUGCCUCCUGGUUCACGCCUUCAACCUGACAAAGCUGGUCCGAGGGAGGCAGCCGCUCUCCAUGCUGGCGAUGCUGGGCCUGGCCCUGGGCUUCAGCCUGGUGCAGGACAUCAUCGCCCUCGAGUAUGUGGUCCUCACCAUGAACAGGACCAACGUCAACAUCUUCUCCGAGCUUCCUCCUCCCCGGCGCAACGAGGACUUCGUCAUGCUGCUCAUCUACGUCCUCUUCCUGAUGGCACUGACCUUCCUCAUGGCCUCGUUCACCUUCCGGGGGUCCUUCACUGGCUGGAAGAGACAUGGGGCCCACAUCUACCUCACCACGCUCCUCUCCAUCGCCAUCUGGGUGGCGUGGAUCACCCUGCUCAUGGUUCCUACCCCUGGCACCCAGUGGGAUGACACCAUCCUCGGUUCAGCCUUGGUCGCCAAUGGCUGGGUUUUCCUGUUGGCUUAUAUUGCGCCCGAGCUGCAGCUGCUCACGAGGCAACGGAACCCCAUGGAUUACCCUGUGGAAGAUGCAUUCUGUAAACCUCAGCUCAUGAAGCAGAGCUACGGUGUGGAGAACAGAGCUUAUUCUCAAGAGGGAGUCACGCAAGGUACUGAAGAGACAGGUGACACACUGUAUGCUCCGUACUCCACCCACUUCCAGAUGCAGAAUCGGAACUCCCAAAAGGAUUUCUCCAUUCCACGGGCCCAGACUCGGGUCAGCCCUUACAGUGACUACGAAGGAAGGAAAGACGUCAGUUAACACGUCCGGAAGGGUGGGAUGAACACAGCAAGUCAGCAGAGCCAACGGGGAGUUCACGAGAUGUGGGCUGAGUCCCGAGGCGUCCCAGGAAGCUGUACAUAGCAUCACAGGAAGACCUCGCCUCCCUGCAGCCUUCAGCCGUGAUCCUUCUGUUCUGGGGUUGAUGGGGCUGACGGGACCACAGUUCUCAGCAGCACUGUAGCUGUUCCCUUUGUCCCAUACUUAGGCUGCUUCUCUCGAGUGGGAGUCGCAGGCAACUCAGGGUGACUCUUACCAUCCCUGCCAUCUUACACGCGAGUAAGGCUCUGGUCGUCUGACCACACACUGGCUCGCUCAGCGUCAGAAGCCAGCUCUUCCAGCUCUGGGCUGGUUCUGCGAGGAUCGCUUCACUUAGAGCAGAGCUGCAAACCCGAGCAAAACCAGCAAAGGCCCACCUCUCAGCCCACCCCACCCACAUCUACACUGGAAGCCAACUUACUGGCACCUCCCUGCUUGCCCAGAUGGGAGAGGCUAAAAGUCACCAAAAUUUGCUCACCUGUGUGAUGCUACCUAACCAGGGUCCCCAGUGCCAAUUCACUCCCAGACUUACCGUCGGUCCCCAGACUCACCUCCCCGCUUUGCUUCAUGGGGAGCUCUCCCUCCAAACCUUACUGGCGCAGACAAGCCUGAUUUCUCUUUGCCAGCAGAAUGUGUGUACUGUCUUGUUCUAAGUUCCCGGUACUGAUUCUUCUCCCACCCCCUUGCUCCUCAGCCUCUGUAAAUAGAUGUACCCUGUGUUCACCCCCUGUGUUCUGGAAGUGGGUAGUGUGCACACACGGGGGAGUGUUCCUUGUAACAUAAGUUAUUCACCCUUCUUCCCUGGAGAUGCAAUAAAGGUGUGGUGGCAGCUCUUUGAUU